GCAUAAGGUCCAUUUGGCUAUGCAUAACCUUCGCUUCUCCCUUGUCGGUUGGGUGAGUGACAACGCAGUGGUUAAUGUUCCAGAACUUUGUUCUAUGUUCGCCAAGUCUUGGCAACCCCGAUCUGUCACGGUAGAUGAGAUUCAUCUUGUAGAGGGUGAUGUUGAUCGCUUCAUCGUGAAGUUUAACACUGCUAGGGACAUACACGUUAUACUUUUCUCUCAACCAUGGGUCUAUAAUGGCCGGUUAGUUAUGCUGCAACCAUGGAAUCCCACCUAACCAGGUGUUAUUCUCACAUGCUAUUUUUUGGGUGCAUGCAAACAAGCUUCCAUGGAUGUUCUUUGAUUAUGAUAUUCUUGCUGAUAUUUUCUCUAAGGCUGGUUAAUGGCUUGACAUAGAAUGCCCAUCUGGAACUCUGAGCUCUGCAUACUCUCCUGCUGCAUGCAUCCUCAUACCUCUAGCUCAAGAUAUGGCACGAUCUACACUGGUGAAUGUAGGGAAACCUGAUAAGAUGGAUGUAACCUUUGUAUAUGAAUAUAAACUGAUCAUUAUGUGUACGAAUUGCUUGCGAGUUAGCCACAAGGGAUUAGAUUGCCCAUUCAAACCGAUUGCUGCUUUUCUAAGUGCACUUGCAGUCUUUAAGCAGAAUGCAGAGUCCACUCUUAUCCCAAAGGUGGCCAUUCCUCCUCGACGAAUUAAUCUCCUAACUGAGGUAUGCAAAGUCUAUGAUGAUAUCUUCAUGCUUACUAAUUCAACUGGUCUGGCUGCAGACAACUCCAAUACAGGGGCACCUCUGCCUAGAUCUAAUGUCUCAGACUCUCAACGGCAGAAAUUGGAAAUCCUGCAGUCGUUUAUUCAACUUGUCGGGGUGUACAAUCUCACUCUCCCGAAGCAACCAACAGGUUCACCAUUCUACUUUGUGGCUGCUAUUUCACAGUCCUCCGGAUCGAGUUCCAAGGACCAGUAUCCCAUGCAUAUUCCUCUCACUCUAAUGACUCCUAAGUGGUCAUCUAUGAUUCGCCUGCAAGCCCCAGGUCCUUACUGUCCUCCAACAUUAACAAUGACUUCUGGCCCCAUCUUUGCAACCCCUAUUCAAGCCAUUGGACACUUCAUGUAAUACUAUCCCAGGCCCGAUUUUCAUACAAUGGAUGGCAAUGCCCCCAGAGGCUCUGUCAAUGGAAGUUUUGACCUGAACCUUUCUCUGCCAACCCUACCACAGAAUACCCCUUCGAUCACUAUGGUGCCUCCCCCUCCCCCAACAUUCUGGUAGUGCCAAUCCUUCUUCUGGACAGAUGGGAACUGAACCAAUGCCGAUGGACGUUCAAACUACAUCUGGUGGCCCUCUUGUUGUGAGCUCUGUCACUCCGACCCCUACUCGAUACUAUAAGCAUCGCUUAUCACUGUGAGAUGUAACUGCUAGGCCUUCAAGUGAGUGCAUUGAAAUUUAUAAGAAAGGGAGAAAUGAUGCAGGCUCUUCACAUUAUUCUGAGGUUGUUGUGGCUGGCCAUACUAAGCCACCGCCACAGCCAUGGGCCUUAUGUCGCUUAACUGCCGAGGGUUGGGUCGAACCUCGGUAAGGAGGAAAAUCCGCACUCUGGUAGGUAAUAACAACCACUUUUAUUGUUCCUUUUUGAAACUAAAACCAUUCAGGUGAAUCUUCACUCUCUAUGCCGGGAACUCAACUUUGAUCACUUCCUGUGUGCAUCGGCAGAAAAUAGUAGUGGUGGCAUUAUCUUAUUUUGGCUUAACAACAUUCAGUUGUCAGUCUCAGACGAAGUCCCUACAAUGGCAAACAUUACAACAUAUUUCAAGUUUCACCACAAGACCAUUGCUUGUGGGUGGGGAUUGGAAAUCCUACUUAAAGCCUGACGACAAGAGUGGAGGGAGACUGAUUAGAAGAUCACAGCUCAAGGACAUGUAGAAGUUUUUUGUCACAACUGCUCUCUUAGAUCUACAGUGCACUGGAGCCCCAUUUACCUAGGACAAUCAUCAGCAGAAUGAGCAUAGAAUUGUUGUGCAGCUUGAUAGAUUCAUCUGUUUAGUUGAUCGGGUAGAAUAUUUUCCAAAUGUUUAUGUUAAGCAUAUUGUAUUUUCCAAUCACAAGGUGAUUCUCCUCCAUACCUUUUUGUACCCUCUUAGUGGAAGACGUCUCUUUCGCUUUGAGGCUU